GCAGCUAACAGCAGCAGGCCGAGCUGCCUCGGAGCGAGCAGACUCAGCCUCGCAGCUCCGGCCCGGCUCCUCCUGCUGAGCCGCCGCGGAUCCGGAUCCUGAAGCCCGAGAGCAGCGCCAUGCCCGCAGGAGAGGAGCACGUGUCGCCUCAGCAGCUGCUGGUGUGUAAAGAAGAGGUUCCCCCCGAGCAGCAGGAGCAGACCCCCAGUCUGCCCCCACACAUUAAAGAGGAACAGGAGGAGCUGUGGACCAAUCAGGAGGCAGAGCAGCUUCAGGAUCUCACCAAGUUCCAGGUCACUGCUGUGAAGAGUGAGGAUGAUGAAGAGGAAGCUCCGCCCCCACAGCUUCAUCAGCAACAGGAACAGAUGGAAGCAGAAGCUGCUGGAGAGGAACCAGCCAGGAACUCAGCUCCAGCUGCUGAUUUCCAACCAAUCAGUGACGAGCAGCUGCUCUCCUCCCACUCCUCUGAGGAGACUGAGGACAGUGAGGACGAGCCGGAGGAGACCAGAGAGCCUCAGUCCGGUUCAGACGCUCCGAGUGACCUGCUGCUCAGUCAGAGCAGACGUGAUGCCGGAGGGACGCCCCGCCCCCGCUCGGUGAGCGAGGACGCAGCGGAGAGGCAGUGGACCUGCUGUGUGUGCGGCACUAACUUUAACCGCAGGUGGACCUUAAAGAGACACGCGAUGACGCACAAGACGGAGAAGCCGUUCAGCUGCUCCGUCUGCGGGAAGCGCUUUACGCUGAAAAGUGCCUUGACGACGCACAUGAGAGUCCACACGGGGGAGAAGCCCUUCAGCUGCUCCGUCUGCGGGAAGAGCUUCAAGGUGAAGAGCAACCUGAACAAGCACAUGAGGACGCACACGGGCGAGAAGCGCUGGGCCUGCCCGCUCUGCGACACCAGCUUCAAGCAGAAGGACCACCUGAACCGACACAUGAUGAUGCACAAGAGAGAGAGGCCGUUCAGCUGCGACGUCUGCGGGAAGAGCUUCACGCAGAAGAUCCACCUGAACACGCACAUGAGGGUCCACACGGGGGAGAAGCCCUUCAGCUGCUCCGUGUGCGGCAGGAGCUUCACGGUGAAAUGUGACCUGAACACCCACAUGAGGGUCCACACGGGGGAGCGGCCCUUCAGCUGCUCCGUGUGCGGCAGGAGCUUCACCAAGAAGAACAACCUGAACACGCACAUGAGGACGCACACGGGCGAGAAGCCGUGCAGCUGUGUGGUCUGCGGGAAGAGCUUCACGGUGAAGAGCAAGCUCAACACGCACAUGAGGGUCCACACGGGGGAGCGGCCCUUCGGCUGCUCCGCCUGCGGGAGGAGCUUCAGCAAGCGGGAAUACGUUCGAAGCCAUAAGUGUGUCGGCGAGAGCAGCAGCUGAGCUCUGCGGCCGGACGGCGGCACAGAGGCAGGUCGUGAUGAGCCGUCACUCAAACCGCUCCAGACGCAGCCUCGUGUCAAACCUGCUCACACAUAGUCCAGUCAUUUUAGGCCAAAACUGGGGUCAACCUGGGACAAACUGCAAGAGAAGCAAACUCAACUGA